AUGUGUGCUUUAAUGAGUGGCAAAUUCUUCUUUUCGAAGAGUUUGCAUCAACCAGAGCUUGAUGAUGUAUGUGAUACAACAAAAUAUAUCGAUUACCAAAGAGAGACAGUUCAGACGUAUGGCCUGGUAACAAAAGGUUUACAGCCUUCUAAAAUACCUAAUAGAACAAUCAUGUUUUUCGGAGGACGUUCAACUAUGGUUGGAUCCCCUUCAAAAACUAGCACAUCUAAAAAAUCUAAGAAAUCAAAAUCAUCGGCAAGUUCUUCUAAAUCCGAGAAGCAUGCAACAUUUGACUUAUCAAAUAAUUCUCCUAUUAAAUCGAACAAUAAUGACCAAACGGAGAUAAGUAAGAUUACAGCACAAGAAGAAAUAGUGUCAUCUGAUGAUGAACAAGUACAGACUUUGCCACAGAAGAUCGAAAAAACUUCGCCACAGCAUGAACACAUGCGUGAUGAUGAUGAAGUUAUCGAUGAUGAAGCAGAUGAUGAAGAUAAUGAUUCUGAUCAAGAGUAA